CUCAAUUCCACGCGCGGGUGAGAAGCCGAGGUGUUGAGCCAGUCAUGAGAAUACGCUUAACUUUCGAAGUGCUUGAUCUCUUCGAAGUACUUGAUCCCUCAGAUGCUUACUGAAGUCACAUCACCUGAAGACGUCUGGUCUGACGUUGCAUCGGAAACUUUAGUGAUUGUGUACCAGUGGGGAAUCACUCUCGUCAGGCCGUACUUUUGCCUGAACAAAAAGCCGUACCGGGGUCAGAUCGGAGUCGGAUUCAUCCGCUACACCUUUCCUGAGAGCCCGUUUCACACAAAAGACUACAGCGAAGAGGUGCUGCCAGAUUAUAUUCUGGAUGCUGAAAUGUUGCACUCAUCCUAUUCGAAUGGGCGUGUAUGCCAAGCUCUGGUGGAGGUCCCUUUUCAAGAGCCCUCUUUCUCCCAUCUUCUUCUCGUCGACCUCAACUGCCAUCGCCUCGACACCCUCUUCGAAUGCGAGCAGCAUCCAUUCGAGAACAUCAGAGCUUGGCGCAUCGAGACAAGAGAGGAGUCCAUCGAGACCUUGGAGGAUGGUUCUCUUCCCGCGCAGGAGGACAUCGUCCUGACCGACGCCCUGCAGUCUCUGUACAUGGACGCCAGCACGAUUUUCACUCUACGUUCGCAGUCUGGCCUUCAGUACAUCGACUUCAACACGCGCGGCAGAACGCGCUCUCAAGUCGAGGAUCACAUGCUGACGAAACAGAGCGUAGCAAUGUCGGAGGCGUUGUCGAGAGACUUGGAGAAUCUCGUGCAAGAGACUCGAGAAGCGAUGCGCAUGGAUCCAAGCCAUUUCGAUCCUCGUUUGCCGCCACUAUCGCGCGACGAAGCGUAGAAUGGAGUGCAUGCCCUCCACGCUGCGACAUCAGCAAAAUCAAAAGGUAGAAGCAUCAAGAUUGCGCGAUAUAAAAGCACCACCAGAACUCGAAUGUCGAAAGCGCAGUAGAGACUCUUCGGGCAUCUUCCUACAAUCAAAAACAGAUGCAUUCCAUCAGCCCCGACAUCUGUAGCCCGAUC